GGUGAGGGACAGUGCUGGGGAACAUAAAAAAGGGUAAAGAACAGUGCUGGGAGCUAAAAAGAAGGGUUGAGGAAUAGUCUUGAGGAGCCAAAAAGGGGAGAGGAACCCCCCAAAAAAGGGGUGAGGAACAGCGUAAGAGGGCGAGCUCCCCCAAAAAAGGGGUGAGGAACCGUGCAAGGAAAUGGUGUGGGGGCAAGAAAAAGAGGGCUAUUAGUAGACAUGUUAGCAGAGAAGAGGUGGGCAAGCAUGCAAAUACAAGAAUAAAAAUAGGAAAUCAGCAGGCUCGGCUUAAGAAAAUAGCAAAGAAAAAAAAACAGCAAAAAUAAUGGGUGAGAGGGAACGGAUGAUGAUCCUGACGUUGGAAGCGAGGAAAAGUAUGUGACGGAGAGAAGUGAGAAACAAGGGAUUGGAUUGGAAGGUGGGGAAGAGACGGGAGGAAUGGUGAAGCCUGCAGACAGAGAGAGGUGAUGUAAAUACCUGGAGGGAGGGAGGGAGCGAAGAAAAGAAGGAAGCAGCGAGAGAGAGAGAGAGGACCAGCUCCUGCUGCAGAAUGAUGGGGAACUCUCCGCACAAACAGAGGAGCAAAAAGCAUCACAGAAUGCAGCCGGCAACAGCUGCACCUGCUGUGGACCACGCCAAGCUGAGCAACUGGCAGCAGCAACCUGUGAACGUGUUUCUGACCUCUAAGCGGCCUCCUUGUGUAGAGGAGCUUCAUCAGGAGGCUGAACUCAACCUACAGAGCUUACUGCAAGCUGACUGUUUUGCAGAAGAAUUUGAAGAUCGUUAUUUAGAUACUAAAGUCACAGGGCAGACCUUCCGUUACUCAGCUUUGUCACAAUCUGCAACACUUCCUCCAGAAAGUCCCACAAAAAGUAACCUCAGGCGGCUUGAAUUUGUCUACCUGCCAAGCAACAGAAGGGUGAGUGAAGAUGAAAGUACCAGCGUAGGCGUGAGACCAAGAGAAACAUGUCUGAGCUUACCUACAACUCCAGAUAAGCAAGUAGCCUGGGUUAAAGCAUUUCCUUUUCCAAUACCGGAAGAGAGACGGUGGCACCAAUCAAAUUCCAUACAAACCAACAUUGUGCCCAUAAAUGUAUCUGGAGAACUGUUUGACAAACACGCCACCUCUCACCACUCCUUGUUCAACACAGAGACGGCCGUGAACCCGAAAACCACUCUGAGACGUAGGAGGACCAUCAUUGGCUUCUCGCACAACCAGACGCAGGAUCAAGGGGAGAUCAAGAGAUCUGGAGCUUCUGAGUCAACGCCUAAGAAGUCCACGCCAGGUAAUGUCAAUGGUGUAACAAGCAGCGAACCACCUCCAGCACCCCCAGAUUCUCCUCCUGCUAAAUCGGAAUCCCAUGGGAGACAUCCUGGAGGGAGAGCAGCUACACCUCACCCUCAACAGCUGCCAUUAAGAAAGACUUUCAGUGAUCUUGGUCACAUAUUACAGCCAUCAAAUAAUAUGGACAGCACGAGUAUGAUAUAUUCAAACCCCCCAUGUAAUGGGGCUAAGGACUGUGCUACAUCGAACUGGCAGGGAAACUCGUUCAACUAUAUGACUUCACCAAGCCCUGUGAAAUGUGUGCAGGUGUCUGUUGCAGAGCCCACAAAAAGUUCAACUAUGACCAUGGCAUCUCCUGGGGUUUGUAAAGGCUCAGGUUCAUUUAAGAUAAAAAAGGAAAACCUAACAAGGGGUAGUGGUGGAAGCAUCUGCUCGAAUGCAACUCUUCCAGGACACGGUGUGGAUCCACCAAAAGCAGGGAAGUACAAGGUUGUCUCCUGCCCCCCUAGUCAACCAGGGGCAAGCAAUUUGAGCAAUACGUCCACCUUGCCAACAACGCGCAGCGAGUGCACGUUCCGAGAAAGGUCACUGUCGAUGCCUACAGACACCGGUUCCCUCUCGUCAGUGGACAUAACCUAUGCUGACAAUAGGAGAGGAAGUGGGGACUAUGCUCUAAACUAUCCCAGUGGGAGCUCCGAGGAGAGCACAAGUACAGAGAAUGUAUCUGUGAUGGCGGAUCAAGACAAUCAAGAACGUAGAAGAUCUCGAAGCAUCUCCUUGAGAAAGCCGAAGAAAAAGCCAUCACCUCCGGCACGUAGUGUUUCCCUUAUAAAAGAUGAAUCCGCACAGAAACUUCACCCGGUGUCCACUAUGCCAAAGGAUCAAAGACCUAAAAGCCUUUGCAUUGCAUUUGAUAGUCAGGGACACAGUUAUAUUCCAACAUCAAUGCAGGGCAAUGCUACAAUGCCAUCAUCGAAAAGUAUGCUCUUUACUCAAAACUGGAAUUCCAGUGAUUGCAAGUCUAAUGACCUGCACAGGACAUUGACAGGCUCUAGUUCUGCAACAAGUUCAACUGUUAUAGACUGCAGGAAGAUACAGGGAAGUUCUGAGUCGCUGACAUCGCUUUACAAUUCAAGAGCCACAACACCAUCCCAAGCUUGCACAGAUGCAAGCUCAAAGAUGUCAUCACCUGGCAAACCUCCUGGUUUGAUGUCUCCAUCUAGUGGCUACUCAAGCCAAUCAGAGACCCCAACUAUGAUUCCAACAUCAUUAAUUCUAGGCCACUCACCUUACCAAAGUCAUAAGGUAAGGCCUAUGGUCCCUGAAAGAAAAUCAUCACUUCCAGCUGUCUCACCGAUUGAUAGAAGCCCCAGUGUCCGUCAGUCAUUUGACUUACCACUCACUCCACCAACGCAUCUGGAUCUAACCAGUGCAAGAAAGUCUUCAAAGUCUUCAACUUUUAGUACAAAAAAACAAACUCAGAACACGAGUCCAGUCCAGCCAAUAAUGCCGAUGGUCACUCAGUCGGACCUCCGUAACAUCCGUCUCAGGUCUAUAAGCAAAUCUGAAACUGAAGACAACUUGGAUAUUUUAGACCACCUAGAUGAACUGACUGAUGAAGCUUUUCCCUUACCAGAGAAAAAGACAAAGCCUCCAGUGGCAGAAAAACCCCCUAUGUCUAGAAGGCCCAACAGCCUUUCCUAUAGAACUUCUGCAGUCACACCAGAAUCUCCCGUGAUGUCACCCCAUUCUCCGGGAAAAUACAUUCGAGACCAAUCAUCCCCUCAAGAUGCAUAUAUGGUGAUUGGAACUCUACGGCACAAGAAGAAUUAUGACUAUGAAAUUCGUAUGGAGACACCUCCAUCCUUAGACCCCUCUCCACCACCCGAGAGUUACUUCCAAACAAACCAGACCAGUUUCUCACAGAACAGUGCUGAUGAAGAUGACUAUUACAGGGGAAGACAAUUCCCAGACAGAAUAACUCUACAGAACUUGAAUUAUAUAGAUAAAAGGAAAGUAAAGGUUCCACCACCGAUUCCUAAAAAACCCAGCAUGCUUCACUUGCCAGUUGCCAGUCCACCACCAAGCCAAACGACGUCAUCUUCAUUGGAACAGAGGCUAUCCCCUGUUGUAUCUUCAGAUUCUGGAGCCUGCGCAUAUCCUGAUAUCAUUGAGUUCCAGAAAUAUGCUGCAGAAGGAACCAUUCACGCUGUACAACCUGACCUUGUAUCUAUGGAUGCUUUUUCAGGACCAUAUACAGACUUACCAGAAGACAACAAGUGUAGAUCAAACAAGACAGCCGAGUCCAUGACUGAAGAUGACGAUGAGGUGUUUGUCAGUUCACGAACCACAGAAGAUUUAUUUACACUCAUCCACAGGUCUAAAAGGAAGUUGCUUGGAUGGAAAGACUCCGGAGAUACUUUUGGGAGCAGACAAAGCUCAAUGUCGCCCAUUAAAAUUUCAUACUCCACAAAUAGUGACUUGGGAACCCUGAGCAUUAGUCGGACUUCCAGCAAAAACGAGGACUUUAAGGCCCUUCUCCAAAGGAAGGGUAGCAAAAGCAGCAUAGGAGCCCGACCUUCGGCCGCAGAACUCCUUAAAACCACCAACCCUUUGGCUCGGAGAGUGAUGAGUGAGUUUGCUCCAGAAAUGGAGAAAAACGGCAAUACAAAAACCUUGCCUAGGGAUUGAAUUUUUUCGGGGAAAAUCCUGGAGAUGAAGAGAUGUGUGAAAUUUUGUAUGCUUAUGUCUGCCGAGAUUACAGCCAUUGUACACGGGAAUGUAAAUUUGUGACCAGGUGUUGGCAAUGUCCACCAAAUUUUCUUUUAAAGGCUAAUUGAACAAUUGUCAAAUUGAAGAACUUAAUUCACAAAUUUCAGCUGAACUUUUCUGGAAUACUAUGAAAGGAAUCAUUUUCAUAUAACGUUGUGCCAAACUUAAACUGAUAUAUUAUGUGUAGUAAUAAUGUGACAUCUGCCAGAUCUCUCCCCUGGACCAUCCAUGAAUCUCUGCAUGUAAUCCAGAAAGUGUUUUGCAGUCACUAUGAGCUUUGCAUUUUGUAGUAUAUAUCUCAUUUUAUAUUUAUCUUCUCGCAGCUAUGCGGGUAGGUUUUGAGAAGACAGUUGAUCUAAAAUGUGUUGUUCCAUAUGAAAGUUCUAGCCAACAGUUCCAUGUGGAAGUUCUUUCUAAAAGUUCAAUUCAAAAGUUCCAUCUGAAAGAUCUGUCCAAAAGGUUCAUGAAAAAGUUCCAUCUGAAGGUUCCAUUAAGAACUUUCAUCUGAAGGUUCCAUCAAGAAACUCCAUCUGAAGGUUCCAUCUAAACGUUCCAUAUGAAGGUUCCAUCUAAAAGUUCCAUCUGAAAGUUUCAUUUAAAAGUUUCAUCUAAAAGUUGCUUCUAAAAGUUCCAUUAAAAGUUCAGUUUAAAAGUUCCAUCUGAAAGUUCUAUCCAAAAAUUCCAUUAAGAGGUUCCAUCUAAAAGUUCCAUGUAAAAGUUCAAUUUGAAAGAUCCAUCAAAAGUUCUAUCUGAAGGUUCCAUCUAAAAGUUCCAUAUAAAAUUUCCAUCCAAAAGUUCUUAAAGUUCUGAUAUUGACAUGUUCAUACAUAUACAGAGGCAUAUUAGAGCUCAUGAAACUUAGAAUAAGUCUUGGCUUUUAUGAUCAUGGCGUGAACAUGGCAUUGGUAGCAUAUUCAUUUGUAUUACUGAAUAUUGAAGAUAGUAUUAUGGGAUGCAUUACAAUCUGUAAUUACUAAGCACUUUAAAGCUGAACUCCGGGCAAACUAAAUACACAUAAGAAGUACAUGGAAGGGAUCUGUUCUACCUGCCAAGUGAUUUCUAUCUCUAUCCAUCCAGUUGUGAGAUUUACAUAGUUCCGCCACACAGAACACCUACUUGCAGAUCAGUAACACUUACAGGUCUUGGCCCUCCCCCAGCCUGUGAUUGAAUAGUGAGAGGAGAAGCGGCAGCUCAUCUUCCUAUCACUCUGCUCUCUCCUGAUAUUAGUACUUUAGUACACCUGAUUGGCUCCUUGCCCCUCUUCUCUAGUUGAAACUCUGCCAUUGAUUGGGACUCCUCCUUAUGGCAAGACAGACAUACCACAGAUAUCAGAUCUCUUUCACUGGUAGCGAUGCAGAAUUAAAAGGAGGAUGGAGCAAAGGGGCAAGUGGCCAAUGGGCAACUCCUAAAAUGAAAUACUGGGCUGGUGGGCAAGUGCCCCCUGGGCUAGUCCUAAAAUUAUAUGUUGGGACGGUGGCCUUAAAUGAAGAUACUUUACUAUUCAGACA